AUGCGUGCCCUGCAACGAACCAUUUUAGCCCUUCACGAAAGUGAUGAUGCCGCUCGUCCCAGUUCGUCCAGCAAGUCAUCGGACAAUCGCAGUGUUACUACACCCUCUGGCGGAGUUUCUCAAUCUGGAAGUGUCCCUGCUCUAACAGUAUCGGAUGCUACUACGACGUUCGAGCAAAUUCGUCGAGUACCAGGCAACGAAAGAUGUGCUGAUUGUGGGUCAGAGCAACCCAAAUGGGUCAGCAUCAACCUCGGAGUGGUGUUAUGUAUUGAAUGUUCCGGAGUUCAUCGGAGCCUUGGCGUCCAAACCUCAAAAGUCCGGUCAUUAACGAUGGAUUCGAUUGAUCCAGAGUUGAGGGACGUCCUUCUCAGUCUUGGAAACUCUCAGGUAAAUGCCAUAUACCUAGCCUAUCUACCUGACGAGGACGUUGUUCCUCCACCUGCUAUGGAUAACUCAAGUCGGCAGAUACGUGAGGCGUGGAUCAAGGCGAAGUACGUAGAGCGGCGGUUCGCUGUCCCUUCGAGCGAUCGAGCACGAAGCAAUGCUAUGGUCCGAAAGGAACAACUUCUUUCCAGGCAUCGCAUAAGUAUAUGCAAUGUCCCUGGGAGUAGAGUCCAACGGUCUGCUUCCUAUGUUAAUAUGAAGGAUGCUGAUAGUCUCUGUGAUGGUGAAGUCAAAGUACAGGCUAAUGUCCUUGAGCUUGCUGUUCCGGUUUUAUUGUGCCUUUGGAAAUUUCUCUCUCUCAUCCUGAUCUUUGCCAAUCUAGGUAUUCGUUUGAAAAGAUUGUCGUCUUGUGGUUCGGACCCCAGCCUAUCCAAAUGCGACUUCACUGUGGAAUCUAGUGACUGGGAUAUCAUAAGCGAGGCCGCCCGUUGUGGUGAUGUACUCGGCUUACUUCGAUCCAUUGCUGGUGGUGCCGAUAUCAAUUCUUCUCGCAAUGGUACUACAGCAUUACACAUUGCCACGAAGAAUGGCCAGACGGCUGCCGUUGAGUUUUUGUUGUUAAAUGGCGCAAAGAUCAACGUUCUCGAUGACAAGAUGAACACACCUCUUCAUUUAGCUGCUGCAAAAGGAAACACUUUGCAAGUAUGUCAACUUCUCAAACGAGGGGCUGACAAGUCUCUGAAGAAUGCUGACGGAGUGACACCAUUGGAGAUUGCUGUGGAAGGCAAACAUGCGGACAUCGUCACGUUGUUCCGAGUACAUACCAUGCGAGAUGAAUUCAUGGAGGAGUUCAACAAUCCUAUGGAUGACACUGUUGACAGCGUGAUUUCUGACAUCACUCGCAAAGCUGCUGUGAGCAAGAGCUCUUCGGGAUAA